AUGCAGGGAGGUUCUCUAUUUUUCGGUUUAAAACAUGUCCAGAAAAUCCAAUUCUCAGACGCAGCUAGCAUUUCCUCUGCCAGGUCUAGAUUCUUCAAGACCGCAAUUUCAUGCUCCGCUCUACCUGAAACCCUGGAAACCGUCCAAAACACCAUUGCUAAGCAAUUGUCUGUUGAUGUGAGCACAGUGACUCCUGAAAUCAAGUUUGCUGACUUGGGUGCCGACUCCCUUGACACGGUGGAGAUAGUGAUGGCUUUGGAAGAACAAUUUGGCGUGUCAAUUGGCGAAGGCGGAGCGGAGAACAUUACAACUGUUCAAGAUGCUGCAGAUCUCAUUGAGAAAGUGAAGGCAGCAGAAUGA